AUGCACCGAUUGGCACUUUGCCGGGGCAGGCGGGGAGUUCUCCUUGAACGACUCGUUGAUGCUCUGCGAGGGUUGAAGCUGUCCCGUCUGAUGAUGACCAAUUGGUAUGGGCCUGCUGAAUUUAGUCUUUCUACGAGCCGAGAUAUCCCCAUACACGAUGGCGCUAGUCCCAGCCAUGAUCAAAGCAAGGAUAAGAUCGGCUCCCUGAUCGGUCAUGUUGUUCUAGACGACUCGAUUUAUAUCACCAGUGAGCAGGAUGGGAGUCUACUGCCUCUAGGCAUGCCAGGGGAAAUAUGCAUCGCUGGCACUAUGGUGGCCAAUGGCUAUCUUGACGCGAGCCUAGAUGAUGGCGUAUUUGUCAAGAAUCCGUUCGCUACUCCUCAGGAUCUGGAACAAGGAUUUACAACCAUGUAUAAAACUGGGGACAGGAGGCUCGUGGAGAAAGACGGAUCAAUCACUUUCCUCGGUCUAACUCAACGCGGCAGUACGGUCGUCAAACCUCGAGGUCUCCGUAUUGACCUGAAUGAGGUGACUGGCGCGGUUUUGGAAGCAGCACCGGACGAUUUGGCCGAUUUGGCCGACGCGGUUGUGACAGUUCUCGGCGAGCCGCAAUACCUCGUAUGCUGUGAGGUCUUUCAGCCAGGAAGGCACGUGGAGAACCAACAGCUCAUGGAUCUCCUACAAACACUUCACCUACCGCGAUACAUGAUCCCAGCCACCAUUGUAGUGUUGGACUCUCUGCCACUCGUGCCAAACGGGAAGCUAGAUCUUGAGCUUAUCCAGAACCUGCCGCUGCUUACGCCUACAACUUCCUCGGGACAAGCACGAUCGCAAGUCCCUAUGCCAAACGGAGAGCAACUCACAGAAAUAGAAGAAAGGCUUCGCGCGCUUUGGAUUGAUGUCAUCGUAGCAGUUGCACGUACAGCCGAGAUCGGUCUACACUCUUCCUUCCUCGCAGUCGGUGGAAAUUCUUUCCUUUUGGCUCACUUCCAGCAUGCUAUUAAGCGUGAGAUUGAGGUUGAAAUUCCCCUUUGUCAAUUGGGUCAGGCGUCGGAAUUGAGAAAUAUGGCUGCGGUAAUUGACGCAGCACGCUGA